AUAAAUGGCAUCUCUGCGCUCGAGUGUCAGAUUUUAAACAAAUGUUCAAAUUAACCGCGAAGUGGUUCACAUCCUUAAAGACGACAAAAACGAUAUGGCACGAGUAACAGGCUAUUCAUCAGAAGAUUCAGUAAUAUUUCGCGAUUUAACAUUUCAAAGCACUGUUUUAUAUAGAGAAGAUUUGAAACUCGCAAUAAACAGUAGGAAACAAUAUAUUAUUGCAUCAAAUACAGCAUUCAACCAAAAGUUGAUAAAACUCUGUUGUGCCAAGCUACGCCGAAAUAUAUGCAAUGGUUUUUUUUUUAAUGUGAUUGGAAGGCAUGUUUUGGACAAGUCGAUGCAGAUGCAAAUACGGACAGAGUACUAUAAUGACAUAGACUUGUGCUCGGAAAUCUUGCUUCCUAAUAAUUUAACAUGGGAAUUGAACAGCUAUCAGAAACCUUCUAUGUUAUUCUAUCAAGGAAAACAAUCAUGUGCAAAAACAGAACAAUCGGAGUUGCUUAGCUAUCAUGAACCGGUAUUGUGUUCAGACGCAAUGGGCAAUAGUAUUGAAUGUGUCAAACCAGGCUAUAAUUAUAUUUAUAAUACAGUUACUAAAUCUAGUAAUAGAAAACUUUCUUUAGGCGAAGAAAUUAUGACACAUAUUGUUCCGUUGGACUAUAAACACUAUAAAUUGAAUCGAAAAAGGAUAACUAUGACUGUGAUGACCUUAGACAGCCCAGAUUCUUUUUACGAAAACGACUGGGGCAAGGAGAGAGAAGUUGUGCUUACCAGAGAAGAUGCCAAAUCAUUUGGAAUCAGUAUUGUAGGAGGAACCGUCAACGUUCCACAGGAUAUCACCGUUUCUGGAAUAUUCAUUAAAACGAUAAUACCAAAUAGUCCUGCCGAAAAAUGCGGAUUGUUAAAGAUUGGUGAUCGUAUAUUAAUGGUUGAUGGAACUGAUAUCAGGUACUCAACGCAUGAGCAUGCAAUGAACAUAAUCAAAAAUGCGGACAGGAAAAUUUCACUGUUGGUUCAAAGUCUUAUAAAAAAGAUCGACAAUUGUAUAGAGACGAGAGAUUUAUUAAGAAAUGUUCCUCCUCCAAUCACACCAUGCAAAACUCCGGAAUCGGAAGUGAUACAUGAUAUUCAUGAUAAAGGAAAUGAUAAAUUCUCAAAAGAUGCAAAUACCAUUGGAGAUGCUAUGAUUGACACAAACUCUACAAAUCAUUUCGAAGCAGAAUCAGAGAACUCCUCAGACGAUGAAGACGAGCGAGACCUAGAAGGAAAAACAUAUACAACAGCAGGUGUUGAGAUUGAUCGUGCAUCUGCAGGAAACAUCAAAUGGAAUAAAGAUGAAAGUUUAUUAGAUGCAGAACAAGAAGAUUGUUUCGGAUAUACAACUAAAAAAAUCAGGAAACGAUAUGGAGGGAUGGAUCAGAUAAUAUGUCAUACAAUUGAGCGUAGUAGUGGUUCCAGCUUAGGUAUAUCACUAGCGGGGCAUCGAGAUAGAACAAAAAUGGCUUGUUUCAUUGCUGGAGUGAACCCUCAAGGAUUAGCCUCAUCAUUUCCUUUUCAAGUUGGGGAUGAAAUUCUCGAGGUCAACGGCAUUGUACUACAAGGACGUUCGCAUCUGAAUGUACCAUCUAUUAUAAAAGGCAUUGAAGGUUCAUCAUUAAAGUUCAUUGUGUCAAGGAAUAAACAAAGAAAUGCAGAUUUAGCAGUUAGACCGGUUACACAGUUUCCGACAUAUGCCGAAGAAGAGGAUGAAAUAUUCUCCGUAUACAAGAAUGUAAGAUUGGUUCCCAUAAAAAAGCCACCAGCAGGACUUGGAAUAAUGAUUAUUGAAGGAAAACAUUCUGAAGUCGGGCGUGGCAUAUUCGUGUCAGAUAUUCAAGAAGGAUCAAUGGCAGACCAGGCCGGAUUGAAUAUUGGAGAAAUGAUAUUAGCAGUAAACAGAGAUUCGCUAUUAGGUUGUACUUAUGAAACGGCAGCAAUAUUAUUGAAAAGGGCAGAAGGAGUAGUGACAUUAAAAAUUUGCAAUCCCAACAAAAAAGAAUCAAACGAAGCGAUCAAUACUUUUGCAAAAUCAACAUCCAAAAAUAUUACAAUUGAUAAAAGCAGUACAGCAACUGAUAGUUCUUUUACAAAAGGCGAUAAACCAGUAACCCUGAAAUCAACACCAGCUAACGAUAUGAUGGAUCCGUCGAAAGCUGAAAUUAUUGAAAAUGAAAAUACUGUAAUAGAAAUUAACGCAGCAAACAAUCCGCUCGGAAUAGUGGCAGUAGGAGGAUGCGAUUCACUUAUAAGCUUUCUGCUUGUUGAUCCGGUUGUGCUGCUAGCUGCAGAUCGAAUGGAAGUGGAAACAAUCUGCGAAUCGGUCGUAUUAAUACCAUUUGGCCAACGUGUAUAUCUGCCGGAGAACAGGAUUUUUGACACUGCUAAAUGAUUUCGACUGGAGUUAUUGUCGUUGAUAUCGUACCAAAUAGCAUCGCAGACAAAGAUAAACGACUUCAGGCUUUCGAUCAACUACUUGAGAUCAACGGAGUUAAAAUUACAGAUAAUACGACUGAGAAUCAAAUACAGAAAAU